AGGGCUUCUGAUUUAAAUGAAAAUAUGAAGUUCUGUCGAUAAUUAUCUUGGUUCCUGAACACCACCAGGAAAAAUGUAGGGUACUCAUAUUCUGCUGCUUCCUCACAUUUGCUAAAAAUAGCAAGAAAACAAGGGGUGGGGGUGGGAGGAGAAUUGUACCUUGUCUUUUAUAGUGGGCUUUAGGGCUGCAGCAAACAUUGUCCAUCUCGUGUUGCCCAGGGCCGGUUGACUGUUCUGGCUGGCUAGGUACUGUCUCCCCCGUCCUUAUGUGUGCACCCCUUUAGAACUUUGUGCUUGGUCAAGGUUUUGAGAGGAGCUGUACUUCCCUUCUACAGCCUUUAUACAUGCUCUCAGGAUCCACUUUUAGAAGAGAUGCAAGAUGGUUGAACUUCCUUUGCCUAUGUCCUAGUCUCUUUUCAAAAAUGAUACUAAAUUUUGUGUUUUAGAUUUUUAAAAAAUUUGUCUUUCUGAUUAAUAGUAGAUCGAAAAUAAAUCUUGAGCUACAAUGUUUUAAUAUUUUAUGAGGAAAAAGUAUUGCUGAGAAUGAUUGGUCAGGCAUAUAGAAAUACUUAGUUUUCUGUGAUUUUUACAUAGUGUUUCAGUUUAUUUUCUGGUUUUAAUAGAACAAGUUGAAAUCAUCGCAGAAGGAUAAAGUUCGUCAGUUUAUGAUCUUCACACAAUCUAGUGAAAAAACAGCAGUAAGUUGCCUGUCUCAAAAUGACUGGAAGUUAGAUGUUGCAACAGAUAAUUUUUUCCAAAAUCCUGAACUUUAUAUACGAGAGAGUGUAAAAGGAUCAUUGGACAGGAAGAAGUUAGAACAACUAUACAGUAGAUACAAAGAUCCUCAAGAUGAAAAUAAAAUUGGAAUAGACGGUAUACAGCAGUUCUGUGAUGACCUGGCACUCGAUCCAGCCAGCAUUAGUGUGUUGAUCAUUGCGUGGAAGUUCAGAGCAGCAACACAGUGCGAGUUCUCCAAACAAGAGUUCAUGGAUGGCAUGACAGAAUUAGGAUGUGACAGCAUAGAAAAACUAAAGGCCCAGAUACCCAAGAUGGAACAAGAAUUGAAAGAACCAGGACGAUUUAAGGAUUUUUACCAGUUUACUUUUAAUUUUGCAAAGAAUCCAGGACAAAAAGGAUUAGAUCUAGAAAUGGCCAUUGCCUACUGGAAUUUAGUGCUUAAUGGAAGAUUUAAAUUCUUAGACUUAUGGAAUAAAUUUUUGUUGGAACAUCAUAAACGAUCCAUACCAAAAGAUACUUGGAAUCUUCUUCUAGACUUCAGUACAAUGAUUGCAGAUGACAUGUCUAAUUAUGAUGAGGAAGGAGCAUGGCCUGUUCUUAUUGAUGACUUUGUGGAAUUUGCACGCCCUCAAAUUGCUGGGACAAAAAGUACAACAGUGUAGCACUAAAGGAACCUUCUAGAAUGUACAUAGUCUGUACAAUAAAUACAACGGAAAAUUGCACAGUCAAUUUCUGCUGGCUGGACUGAACUGAAGAUCAAUCCUCGUAAUUCAGACUGAGGGUUGAGACAAAACUUUAAGGAUACAUCUUGGACCAUGUCGUAUUUCAUUCUUCUAAUGGUGGUUUGGGCUUGUCUUCUAGUCUGGGCCGCUCUAACCAUUUAUAAUUCCAACAUUGUGGAUUUCAUCAUAUCUGUGGACCAUCCUAGUUUAUUCUCCCAUAAGUCUUAGAAGCUUUAUGGUGAUUAUUUUGAGGUUUCCAUUCUUGCAUAAAGCACAAUGCUGUCUUCAUCAGAAAACAGUUUGGCAUAAGAAUUAAACAUGAACAUCACAAACAGUUUAUAAAAACUUCUUAAAUAUAUGCUUUGGGCUAGUUGCAAAGACUAUGCUGAUAGCACUUCCAAUGAGAGUGAUAUAUUUAAGUGUACCGGAUCUGGAAUGGUGUUUUGGUUUGGGGGAUUUUUUUUUUCCUGGCAAAUCACAUGUAUUGUUGAUGUGAGUAGAGAAUCUGAUGGAAAAAUGUCAAAAUAACCAACGUGAAAAAUUUUUAGGAUAACUUCGUGUGCCUACCUGAACAUUUUAUUGUGUUUCAGACCCUCGAUUUAAAAAGGUUCCACAGAACUAGUCUGCUUAUCUUACCCAUGUUUAUAUAUAGUUGUCCUACAGGGAGCUUCUGUUUAGAAAAUGUCUGCAUAAUGUUAGAUUCUACUCCUGUCUACAUUAUGCAUUACAUAAUUGGAUUUCAUUAUGAUUUUGAAAUGCUUAUAUGCCUGUUGAAUAAGUUAAACUAUUUAAUUUGUUUUGAAUGUUUUAGACUGCUACACAAUACAAUAUUCUAAAUUUAGGCAUGAGGGUUUAUUUUUUGUUUUUGGUUUUGGUUUUUAGCACACUAUGGAACAAAAAUGAAAUUCUCUUAAUUUAUAAGAAGAUAGGAAUUAAAUUUUGAAAAUGGUUGUGAUGAGCCAUGAAGUUCAAUCCUUAUAGGUACUGCUCUUUCAGACAAAUAGUCCAUUUUUGAUGACUUCUUAUUUUGUUGAAAUUGCUUUAACUGCUAAUCACUGUGGUUGCCAAAUACUUCAGGAGCAGAGAUUUCCAAGCAUGCACUUGAUGCAAAAUACCAAUCUGGCUUCUAUUUUCGUAAAUUAUUCAGUCUCUUUACUGUUUUUGUUUCACUCAAAUUUGAUAUUUUCACAUCAAAGCAGAAUUCUCUCUUGUAUGUAUUAUUUUCACUACAAGACCUAUGAACUGCUUUUAUGCUGAAAAUGCUGAUUUCCCUGUUCACUUUCUGACACACGAAGAAGGGUUUAUUGCUUUUUUAAACAUUUCUAUAAGGUAGGUUAAAAAAUGUAAAACUUCAAAUAUUGGAUGCCUAUGGACUUGAGCAGGAAUAGAUUUUGCUUGGUGUAUCCAGGCACUCUCUAAGGUCUAAUGUUGAAAUUAUCAAAGGAAUGUAUUUCAGAUUAGCAGUAUGUUUUAGAUGUGGAAAUGAUUUUAAGAACAGUGACAUAUUAAAACUACUUUUUAUUCACAUGAUUUUGAAAUUGACUAGAAAGGCUUCCCAUAGAUCUUAUAUUAAUAUUCCAAUCAUAUAAUUCAAGAAUUACUAUUCUUCCAAAAGAAAACUUUGAAAAUUUCUAUUUAGGUUACUGGAAUUGGUUAAAGGAAGAAAAAAAGAAGACUCCUGCUGCUUUCCUUUCAAGUAUUUCCUGAUUUCAUAUUUGUAAAUAUAAAGAGGAACUUCAAUUAUGAAAAAAUUUUAAAGAUAUAUAUGUACUAUUUUGUUUUCUGUCUUGAAGAUUUUGAGUUAUGGUAUUGUUUUCAGAUAGAUUAAUUCGAAUAUGCUGUGUCUUGAAAUGAGAUCCCAUUAGCUUUCACCCCCCAAAUAUAAAUUGUUUUUCAUAAAAGUCUGAUAUUGGUUCAUGGCCUAGUGCCUUGGGUUUUACAGACUUUUUCUUUUAAAUGUAAGACCUUUUCAACAAAAUAGUAUUUGUCAUCAGUUUGGUACUAAACAUUUAUAAUUACUGUGUAAUUAUAAACAAAAAUACGUAAUCUUUGAAUAUAAUUAUGUAGCAUAAAAGUUAAGGUUGUUCACUCUAUGAUGGCAUCUUAGAAUUAAACAAUACUAUUACUAGGGCUGAAAAGAAGACUGAUUUAAUGUGGUAUGAUUACUCUGAGGAUAAAUGUCUGGUUACAGGGAAUAUUCUGUACUAAAAAUGCUUACACAUGGACGUGUGUGUGAGUGCGUGUGUGUGAGUGCUUGUGUGUGUGAGAGGUUGAAAGAGACACGCUCACACACACACAACUUGAAUUGCUUUAAUUCGUUAGUGUUUCCAUCCUCAUUCUGGUAAACUCCCCUUGCUGAUUCUUUGUUUUAAACUGAACCACAGGUACAGUUUCCUUUUUGCCAAAACAGGUACACAUUUUAAAAUGUAAUGCUUUUUAAAUAGUAAAGUGUAUAAAAUUAGAAGUACCCACAUAUAAAAAUCUGGAGAUCAAGAUUAUCUUUAGUGACUAUCAUCUGCAUAUCUCUGUAAGUUCAAUUGUGUUUCUUACAAUCCCUGUCAUACUACCAACAGAGGCAAUAAAAGCUUCAGUGAAAUUGCCAUGACUAAAUCUUUUCACAUAUUAUUUCAGUGUAAUAUUUUUAAAGACUAAAAUAUACCUGAAAACUUAUCCAGGAAGAAUAAUUAUUCAUGGAAAGAGCAUUGUAAUGGCAAGUGUUAGGGAGAAAAGACAUGCCAAGUCUUGUUUACCACAUUUAAAAUGUUUACAACUAUACUGGGCUGCUUUAUUUAAUUAACAGUACUGUAGUUGUGUAAUAUGGCAUUGUAAGUAUGUGUUCUUCAUUAGACUUUUUAAAAGUUUUAAUGAGAGAAAGUAAACGUAAUAAAAUACAUGGGAAAUCUUUUAUAUAAUAUCCGUACUGGGGAAUUCUUAUUUAAGCAAGGUAUACUAUUUUUUCCUCAGAAAGACUUCAGUGAAUGAAGUGUUCAUCUAUUUUUUAUUUGAUGAUAAGAAGUUGGAGUAGUUGUAGCUAGUUUAACGUGCACUUUGCUUAGAUUUUUUAAAACAUGUUACUAAGACUACGUAUUGUAAACCACCUGUAACUUUUGCUUAUGAAUGACAGAAGUUAAACCUAAUGAAAGAAUUUUGGAAUAAAAAAGGAAAGUGGUGCUGGGGAAACUUAUUAUAGUUCACAAAGUAUGCCUUUGUAAACCUGAAUCAACUUUUAGCAAGAAUUAAUUUAUGUAGUUCUAAGUGUUAAAUUGUGUAUAUUUAAUAGAAAAUACUUAUUUGGCACCUCAGCAGUUUUCUUUAAAUGUUACUUUAUACUUUUAACAAUAUGAUUUAUAUUGAAUACAUAGAUGUUUUGAUAAGAUUUUAUCAAAUUUGAUAAUGUAAUGAUAAAAUGUUUUAAAAAUGUGAACUAUUUAACGUAUAUCUUAAUAAUUGAGGACACAAUACCUGGAUUGUGAUUUCUACAUAAUGUGAUAAUUAGGGUUCAAAUUAUGGCUCAUCAUUUAAUUGAUUAUAAACGAGUAUAUUUCUGAA